UCAAGAAUGAUAAUAUUACUGACUUAAUCGCAUGUCGACAAAUAAAAUCCACUUUUCUCACCGAGCGUCCUCGGUGAUGUUGGUUGGAUAGAAAGUGCUCGGCCAUUCAGUAAAACCUUUCAUUAGUAGUUCAUCAGAACGCAGUACAAGUUGAGUUGUGUCUGGUAUACCAAGUGCAAGUUAUUGUAUUUCCUAUUACUAAUUUUUAUAUAAAUAAUAAUAUAUUUAUAUUAAACUCAAUGUAACUCGAAAUUGUGAUAAAGAUACAAACAAAUGAUACUUCGUUGUGAUCUUGUCUAUUUGUACAUCAAACAUCUUGCGUACAAAAAAAUUAUUAUUUUCAAUCGUUAAUUUAUAAAAUAGUUCUUUUCUUUUUCAAAAUAUAAAUUAAAAAUAUAUUGCAUGAUAUAAAAUAAUGAAAUUUCAAAUUGUGUUCAUAUUAACUGUUUUCGCAGUGAUUGCAGUUAAUUGUCAAAAAACUAAAAAAGAAGACGAAAAAAAAGAUGAAGAGUUUACAUGUCCAGAAGGACAGGGUAAUGGUAAUUUUGCUGACCCUGCAACAUGCAGACGAUUUUACCAAUGUGUAGAUGGAUACCCAUAUUUAAAUAGAUGUCCGUCAGGAUUACAUUUCGAUGACAUAAGUAAAUUUUGUACAUUUAAAAAUGAAGCAAGAUGUGGACCGAUUCCUACUACACCUGCGCCAGUUACUGAAACACCAACUGACUUAGCAGAACGAUGUGAUACAGCCAAUUGUCAACUUCCUUACUGUUUUUGUUCUCGCGAUGGAACACUAAUUCCUGGAGGACUUGCACCUGAAGAUACACCACAAAUGAUUCUUAUGACCUUUGAUGGUGCGAUAAAUCAUAAUAAUUUUGAUCACUAUCAAAAAAUAUUUAACAGUGAUCGUUUAAAUCCUAACAAUUGUCCGCUAAAAGGAACAUUUUUUAUUUCUCACGAAUAUUGUAAUUAUAAUAUGGUACAAAGUUUAGCUCACGACGGCCAUGAAAUCGCUACUGAAACUAUUUCAUUACAAAAAGGUUUAGAAGAUAAAGGUUACGAAGAAUGGGUAGGUGAAAUGAUUGGAAUGCGUGAGAUUUUGCGUCAGUUUUCAAACAUCAGUAUCAACGAGAUCUCCGGAAUGCGUGCGCCCUAUUUAAAACCUGGUAGAAACACUCAGUACAAAGUAAUCGAAGACUUUGGUUACAUAUAUGACAGUAGUAUUGGAAUAUCUCCAUUAAAAACUCCAAUUUGGCCAUACACUCUUGACUACAAAAUUCCUCAUGAAUGUAAAGCAGGAACCUGCCCAACAAAAUCGUUCCCAGGAGUGUGGGAAAUACCUUUAAAUGCUCACUAUGUUGAGACUUACGAAGGUGGCCAUUGUCCGUAUUUAGACCAGUGUGUUCUUCAUAAUCACGAUCCUGAAGAAGUUUUUGAGUGGCUACAAGAAGACUUCAAUAGGUAUUAUCUUCAAAAUCGCGCUCCUUACAUGAUGCCAUUCCACACAAACUGGUUCCAGAUUAAAGAAUUGGAAAGAGGUCUUGCCAAAUUUCUAGACUGGACUAUUACAUUACCUGAUGUUUAUUUCGUAACUGCCACACAAGCUUUGAGAUGGAUUACGGAUCCUAAACCUUUGAAAGCACUAAAUAAUUAUGAACCAUGGUCUUGUAAAAAAGUUGAAAAUGACCCUGGUCCACCUUGCAAUAAUGCUAAUAAAUGUGCACUUGAUUUUAAACCAGCUGACGCUAACUUUACGACAACAAGAUAUAUGGAGACUUGCGUUGAGUGCCCAAAUAAAUACCCUUGGCUUGGAGAUGCAAAAGGCUCAGGACUACACAAUGACAAUUAUGAUCCCGAGAAAAAAUAAGUUUACUUUCACUUUGAAUGAUAUGACUUGAGAUUAAAUGCUCAAGUCAAAUAAUUAAUUUAUGCACAUAUUUUCCUCCAAUUAUGUAAACAGUAUGUUGGCACUAAGUGAAAAUAUCUAAAACUAAUAUCCGCUGCCAAAAUAUCUAAUAUCAGUCGACUAGGUCUAUCCGUAACACCGUGAUAUUUGGGCUAUUAAAUAUUUUGACAAUUAGAUAUUCUUGUUGGGUAAUUUUUCAAUUGGAUAUUUUCAUCAGUCACCAGUAUGUUAAAGUAUGUCUCUAUCAACGUAUGUUGCUAUUUUUCUGUUGAAUGAAUGAUAAUAAAUAAAUUUCUGUUUAUAAUUUUACAAUAUCUUUAAAUCAACAGUAUAUUUUACAGGCCGCGUAUAUAUUUAUCCGCGUAUUUAGAUAAUGUAUUAUUAAAAACCAAGUUAAUAAUAAUUAUAAUUAUAAUAAUAUUAUUAUUAUUGUAUUAAAUAUAUAAACUAUACGCUCAUUUCCUAACGCAGUGGUAACCACGGAUGGAAUACUUCUCCAAAUUUCUUACGAUCUGAAAUUGUUAAAUAAUAAAUUUUAAACUUUUAAUUAAU